CCAGAAGUAGAGGUAGCCGCGUAUGCAGUUUCCAUGGGGACUGGAGAUGGCGCCGCGAGGUGAGAUUACGGAGGUAAACGAUUGUCCUCCACCCCGCUGGAAAUUCUGUUCUUUCUGAAUGGGUGGUAUUAUGCUACCUAUUUCCUGCUGGAACUCUUCAUAUUUCUGUAUAAAGGUCUCCUGCUCCCAUACCCAACAGCCAAUCUAGUCCUGGAUGUGGCGAUGCUCUUCCUGUAUCUCGGAAUUGAAAUAAUCCGACUAUUUUUUGGUACAAAGGGAAACCUCUGCCAGCGAAAGAUGCCACUUGGUAUUAGCGUGGCCUUGACCUUCCCGUCCACCAUGAUGGCCUCCUAUUACCUGCUGCUGCAGACCUACGUGCUCCGCCUGGAAGCCAUCAUGAACGGCAUCUUGCUCUUCUUCUGCGGCUCAGAGCUCCUGCUCGAGGUGCUCACCCUGACCGCUUUCUCCAGUAUGGACAGGAUGUGAAGUACAAAAACUUCAGCCAGCAGCCUUCACAGGCUGAGACUGUACAUAUCUCUGGUACUUCAGCCACACCAGUGAGAAAUGGCAGGCCAAGUUGUCCUGAGAAAGGUCGCAGCUUUUCCUCGGCACAGACACCUGGGGAACAAACCCAGCAUAAGACCGCUGGGCACCAUCUUCUCAACCAGGACCAUCAGCCAGGAGACUCUUCUACACUCCAGUAUAGGGAGGGGCAAGGCUGGUGCCUUCCUGGCCUUUCUCGGAACCAGCUCCCUUCUGACCUCAGGUUUUCCUCUUUGAUCUUCAUGGCCAGAGUAUCUUGUGUGGACCUUGCAGGCUCCCUGGGCUUCCAGAAGCACCUGAGCCACACGCUCGCCAUGUGUGCUGUGCCCUACAUGUCCUGCAGGAGCACAGGGCACCUCAGGAGGGUGUGCUUCCAGAGUGAUGCAAAAGCCGCUCAUCCCAUUUCUCAGAAACUGAGCUCCAGAAAUUUUUAAGUAGCUCAUAGUGCUAUUUUUCUACUCUCAUCAUGAAACAAACAUUAUUUUAUAAUAAAUAAGUAUUUUCUAUUGUGGG